CAGGCAUAGUUUUGUGUUAUAAAUAAUUAAGCUCUAUGCUUCGUUAGCAUGCGACCAUUUCACCAACAAACAAGCUUCCUCCAUGGAUCCGGACUCCGAGAUCCGUGUCGACUUCCCCCCGUACCUACGCAUCUACAAGAGCGGCCGCCUCGAGCGCCUCAUCGGCACCGACACCGUUCCAGCAGGCUUGGACUCAGCAACAGGAGUCAAUUCUAAGGACAUCGUCAUCGACGCUGCGACCGGCGUCUCCGUCCGGCUUUAUCUCCCCGAUCUGACCGCCGAUAAGACGGAGCAGGAGAAGAAGAAGAUGCCCGUCCUCGUUUACUACCACGGCGGCGGCUUCCUCCUCCAGUCGGCCGCCUCCCCGACCUACCAUAGCUACCUCAAUUCCCUCGUCGCCAAGGCCCGGGUGCUCGCCGUCUCCGUCGACUACCGCCUCGCGCCCGAGCACCCGCUCCCCGCUGGCUACGACGACUCCUGGGACGCGCUCAAAUGGGUCGCGUCUAACAACAGCAGAGGUGACGGCGGUGAGCCAUGGCUCGCGGAGCACAGCGACAUGGGCCGCAUAUUCCUGGCGGGCGACAGCGCGGGCGCAAAUAUCGUCCACAACACGGCGGUGACCGCCGCGCUGCGGGGCCUCGGGGCGGGCUCGGGGGCGCAAAUCGAAGGAAUAAUACUGAUCCACGCCUACUUCUGGGGGAAGGAGCCGGUCGGGUCGGAGCCGACGGACGCGGAGCUCCGGGGGAAGAUGGAGAAGAUGUGGGAGUACGUGUUCGCGGGGACAUCGACGACGGAGGGCACAGACGAUCCGAGGAUCAAUCCGGUGGCGGCGGGAAAUGCGGCGAGGCUGAGGGAGCUGCCGUGCAAGAAGGCGAUGGUGUGCGUGGCGGAGCACGACUUCUUCAGUGAGAGGGCGAAGGCGUACUACGAGGCGGUGAAGAAGAGCGGGUGGGGAGGGAGGGCGGAGCUGCUGGAGACGGAGGGGGAGGAGCAUGUGUUUUUUCUCAAGGAUCCGCGGAGUGAGAAGGCGCUGGCGAUGAUGGACCGCAUGAUUAAGUUCUUCGGGAGUGAUUGAGUUGACUUGGUCUGCUUUACAUGCAUGAAUAAAAAAAUGUUCCGAGCGUGUGAUUUGGUGUGCGUAAGUGUUCUCUUUCACAUGUUUGAUUUUGAUGAAAACUUUUCAA